AAUGGGUGUAAAUAUGUGGCUACAAGGCUCAUAAUCCUCUUGCACCAAGUGGCGAGAGGUCGAAUAUGCGCCACCGCUUGCUCCUCCUGCUCGUCUUCUUGCUUCCCCAUGAAACCCUCUCCGGCACAACGGCCGCCGCCUCGUGUAACCGCUGGUGCGGCGGCACCAAGGUCCCCUACCCCUUCGGCUUCUCCGACGGCUGCCCCAUCGCCCUGUCCUGCGACGCCAACACCUCCACGCCGAUCCUCCCAUACAGAGGCGACAACGGCACAUCCCCGUACCAUGUCGUGUUCUUCAACUCCACCGCAUCCUCCUUCGUCGUCUCUCUCCCGCCGUCGUGCGCACGCAGCGUCUCCGACGUCAGGAAGGCGCUCUCCGGCCGCAGCUACGACGUCUCUUUCCGCACCGUUCUGAUCCUCCGUGGUGGCUGCCGCGGCAGCAGCGACGCAGCGGCCGGCGCCGGGUGUAGCGUGCCGGCGUCUGCCGUGUCCAGGCUGCUCCGAACGGCGCAGUGCGGCAGGAACGACACCUCCACCGAGGUCGCGUGCGUUGCUUCUGCUGCGCCGAACGCCACGGUGGCGAGGGCGGUGUCUCUGUUCUGGGAGAAGGUCGAGGAGCAAAAGUGUGACGACGUGCUGACCUCCGCUGUAUUCAUGAACACGGCGGAGGGGACGGUGUCGCCGGAGUUUAAGACGGCGGAGUUGGGGUGGUGGGUCAAUGGCACGUGUGCCGGCGGUGAGGCUGGCGGCCAGUGCGUCCCACAGACCGCGACGUGCUCCGACGUAGAGACACCGAGCGGCGUGAGCGGGUACCGAUGCGCGUGCAUGGCGGGGUCCUACGGCGACGGGUACGCGGCUGGAGAUGGAUGCAACGUCGAUCCAACAUGGGCAAAGUUGAUCGUCGGGGCCGCGUUGGUAACAUGGGCUUUGGUCGUGCUCAUACUUGCUCUCUGCAUAAUUUCUUGUAUCUGUCUCUGCCUUUGCUGUCACCGUCGAAGGCGCAGUAACACGAAGAAAACCAAACAAUCGUUGAAAGCGUUGACAACACUAUUUCGCGGCGAACUUGUCGAUGGCGAGCUCGACCAAGGACUCUCUGGGCCCCGACGAUUUUCUUUCGAGGAGCUCGCUGCAGCGACGGAUAACUUCUCCAAUGACAGGGCGCUCGGGAGAGGAGGCUUUGGGUCUGUGUACCAAGGGUUUAUGAGCGACAUGAACCGCGAAGUGGCUGUCAAGAAGGUGUCAGAGACAUCUCAUCAGGGCUGGAAGGAGUUCCUCUCGGAGGUGCGGAUCAUUAGUCGGCUGAGGCACCGCAACCUCGUGCAGCUCAUCGGCUGGUGCCAUGGCGGCGAUGAGCUCCUCCUUGUCUACGAGCUGAUGCACAAUGGCAGCCUCGACACUCAUUUGUACAGAUCCGACUACGUGCUGACAUGGCCUGUUAGGUACGAGAUAGUGCUCGGCAUAGGUUCCGCACUUCUGUACUUGCAUCAAGACACAGAGCAGCGUGUGGUGCACAGGGACAUCAAGCCAAGCAACAUCAUGCUAGAUGCCUCCUUCACGGCCAAGCUCGGCGACUUCGGGCUCGUGCGGCUCAUCAAUGAUGGCCAGAUAUCGUACAUGACUGACACAGCUGGCACAAUGGGGUACAUCGACCCGGAGAGCAUGCUGGCCGGCACAGCGAGCGUCGAGUCGGAUGUGUACAGCUUCGGGGUCCUCCUCCUCGAGGUCGCAUGUGGUCGGCGGCCAGCUCUAGUCCAGGAAGACGGUGGUGCCGUCCACCUGGUGUCAUGGGUGUGGGACUUGUACGGCGGAGGAUCAAUCCGUGCCGCCGCCGACGAGCGACUUAGGGGGGAGUUUGACGGUGCAGAGAUGGAGGGUGUUAUGGUCGUGGGGCUCUGGUGUGCGCACCCUGACCGUGGCAUGCGGCCAUCCAUCAGGCAAGCGAUGAACGUGCUGCGGUUCGAAGCGCCAUUGCCGAGCCUCCCGGCAAAGAUGCCGGUGGCGACCUAUGGGCCGCCGACUAAUCCUUUGACUUCAGGAACUUUGGUGCUGAGCAGCAGCAUCAGUGGCCGGUGAAGGCGUUCCUACCAGUACACAUGGACCACCAACGAUGGACUUUCUAGUUACGGACUGAUGUGGCAUAUCAUUUUGUGUGUCCGGUCUAAUUGAAAAGCACUGGGCCUACAUCGCAAAUUCGAUGUGUGUUCGCUAGUUAAAUUCUCCAUUUCUCACCCAAAAAUAAAAACUUCUAGUACCACGAGCAGAAAGAGCCAAGUACUGACAUAAAGUGUUGCAGCCAUUGAGCGUCUAUAGAACAAACCCGAUGUAUAUUGCCGGAUCAUUUGUAUUUUGCAAAGAAACUCUUUUUUGCUCACAUAAAGCAAAUGCAUGUGAAAUUUCGCAGUUUCAUCUCUAGCAGCUGCUUAGAACUAUUUCCAGCAUGGUAAAAGCAUGCGGUGUCAUAUGGUUCUUUAUCAUUUCGGAGGAAGCCACUCAGCUCCCUGUAAAAGCAGAGUCACCCAAAGCAGGUCAACCCGAGUUCCCUCCAAGAAGAUCAUUUCACUACCACCGACAGUCGUGUACCGCUGGGAUUGCUGCUCAUCAGCUCAUGGAUUCAAAUAAUUCAACUCUAAUUUGGAAACUUCCUAAUGAGAGUUGGAAUGUUUCCUACUGGAUAUCAGGGGCUUUGUGCCAUAUGAAAUCUUCUGGAUCCGAUUGUGUCAUCAGUAGAUUUUUCCUUCAGUUAAGUUAUAUGUGGGUUUGGCUCCUCUGCUGUUACGUUCAUACUCUACCGGUGUUUAAGGUAUUUAGAUCAGUCAUCCAUUCCAAUCCAAUGGCUCUCAUUCCUUCCCCUCUCUCUCUCUCUCUCUCUCUCUCUCUCUCUCUCUCUCUCUCUCUCUCUCUCUCUCUUUUUUGAGGGACUCAUUCCUUCCUCUUAAUUCUGCUAGUCAGUGGCAGAAAACUCUUUGUGGAAGGGAAAUCCCAUGCGGCUGUAGCCAAAUAGCGCUAUUAUUUUUCCUUGAACCAGAUAAGUGUGGCGUGCUCUCAGUUGUUGUAGGAGAUGGGAUCAUACGGACUUGUAUUUGUAAUUUGUUUUAUUUUGGAAGGUACGUACAAGUAAAUUGAAAUCUUGUUCAUUUCU